AUGAAUCGCCAACCUUCAGCUCAUAUGGCUGAUGUAAAAGGGAAACGUAUUUGUUACGACAACGACGAUGAACCUAUCCAACUAACGGAUGAAGAUGAUUCUCCCACCAUUAAGGAUUAUCGUAUGUCAUUGAUCGGGAAGAUUUUAAACCCUAAGAAACAAUCCGUGGUCAUGCUGAUCCAAACCAUGCCAGCGCAGUGGAAGAUGCAAGAUAGGAUCACGGCUAAUGACCUUGGCAGUGGGAAGUUUCUCUUAAACUUUAUGAAUGAAGAUGAUCUCCAAUGGGUCCUUCGUCAAGGGCCUUUUCACUACAAUUUCUGUAUGUUCGUGCUUGUUCGUUGGGAACCGGUUGUUCACGACGAUUACCCAUGGAUCAUCCCUUUCUGGGUUGAGAUUACAGGCAUUCCAUUACAUUUAUGGACAAUCAAAAAUCUUAGGAACAUUGGUGGUAGGCUCGGCCAUAUUGAUACUGUCGAACUCUCGGCAGGACGCAUGCUAAUUGACGUUGACACUAGGAAACUAAUUACGUUCACACGGAAGAUAGCUUCACCUGGAGGAGAGGAGGUCUCGAUUCAAAUUCAUUACGAUAAGCUCUUUAAACAUUGCUCAUCUUGUGGGAUGUUGACUCAUGAAGUGGCUUAUUGUCCGAUGAAGUUUCCAGUUGGAAAGGAUCGUGUUGAGCGAACUGGUGUCUUUGAGAGGGUUCAGCUACCUACUGUUACAACAUCUCGUCAGCCGUUGCUGCGAGACCAGAAACCAUAUGACAGAUACGAGACCUUUUCACGUUCUGAUCGUUACGGUAAGGGGAGCCGUCGAAGUAUUUCACCUCAGAGGAAAUAG